UCAACAGUCGGCAGCCGGAAUAGUUACCCCAAUAUUUUCACCCAUUUCAUUUAUAGAUUUUAAGUAAACCAACAUCAGGUAACGUGUUUUGAAUAUCACAUCGAUGAUGCUUGGAACAUGGAACCUUAGAAUCGAGAAGAAAAUGAUAACACAUUUACGCCACACUAGAAACUUUUGCACCAAACCAACUCUGGGCACGGCACCUCGAAUAUAUUCAUGCAAAACGCGCGAUAAAAUACCUCUCCUACUCCACUCACCCAACACCACAAGUAGUACGUUCUACACAUGUGGCCCAACGGUGUAUGACUCGGCUCACAUCGGUCAUGCCAGCUGCUACGUUCGACUGGACAUUCUGCAGUGUAUUCUUAGAAGCCAUUUCAAUCAGAAUAUUGUGACAGCGAUGAACAUCACCGAUAUCGAUGAUAAAAUCAUUCAGCGGGCCAAUGAACAGACGAAACCAUGGCACGAAAUUGCACGCCACUACGAACACGAGUUUUGGACGGAUCUCAAUCGUUUGAAUGUUCGUCCACCGGAUGUAAAAAUGCGCGUUACGGAUCACAUCCCGGCCAUUAUUGAGUUCAUUUCGAAACUACUAAGUUCGGGUUAUGCAUACAAAUCGAUCGACAAUUCCAUAUAUUUCGAAACAUCACGAUACCCUCAAUAUGGUAAGUUGCAGAACAUUCCAUCGGAUGAUACCCCUGCGGAGGGUAAGAAAAGUGCCUCCGACUUCGCUCUGUGGAAGGCAUCGAAACCGAGCGAACCAUUCUGGGAUUCCCCAUUCGGGCCAGGCCGCCCCGGAUGGCACAUUGAGUGUUCAACGCUUGCUUCGCAAAUUUUUGGCAAAAGACUGAAUUUUCAUGCCGGCGGAUUGGAUCUCCGGUUUCCUCACCAUGAGAAUGAAGAGGCACAAAGUUGCUGCUACCAUCAUGUGCAGGAUUGGGUUGACCAUUGGAUCCACACCGGUCAGCUACAUCUAGAAGGACAAACGAGCAAGAUGUCAAAAUCGUUGAAAAAUACCAUCAGCAUAGGGGAACUGCUUGAUCAGUAUUCGGCUGAUGAGUUCCGUAUGCUUUGUCUGUUGUCACACUAUCGGAGUAUGAUUGAGUACGGAAGCGAAUCGAUGACGGUUUCGAUAAACGUGUUGAAAAAGUUCCGGUCGUUUUUUGAUGACUGUAGGGCGUAUGUUUUGGGAGUAAAACCAGCUGUCCCGGUUGAUGCUAGCAUACUACAAACAAAGCUAACAGAAGUGGAUCGAAGAUUCGAUGGUUUUCUUAGGGAUGAUUUCAACACCGCCAGCGCGAUUACGAGUCUAGGCGAUUUAGCUUCGGAGGUUAACAAAGUGAUUAAUCGAAGGGAUGUAGAAGUGGUGCUAGCUUCGGAGGGUGGGACGAUUCAAGGUAUUGCCAACUAUAUUCGAGGAAAACUGGCAAUGUUCGGAUUGGAACACGUUACGGGAGAUAGGCAGCAGUUCGGCUCGCCUGAUGUUGGCCAUGAAUCGGUGGAACGGUUGAUUGAAAAUGUUGUUGCGAUACGAAGUACCGUGCGGACGCAAGCGAUGGUUUCUAAAGAUCGUUCGUUGUUUGCGAUCUGCGAUCAAAUGAGAGAUCGUCUCCGGGAGGUGAAUGUAGAAGUGAAAGAUCACGGGAAAAGCUCCUCAUGGAGUUAUGUUAAAUGAUGAAAUAAUUGUUACGUUAGCGGAUAGUAUCUAUAUAAUAUAGGAUUGGAAAUACAUGUGUUCUAUUUGCAUGUUUCACUCGGAUUGCUUCUCAAGUUUUUAUAAGACGUCGACUGUGCUAUAAUAAAGACUAUUUACUAUCAAGAUAUAGGUAUCAGGAUUGCAGAUACAUACCUAUUUUAUACCUGUGCUCAAUGAUGGAGAUAACACAGCUCAAACUCUAUUAUAGCAACUCUUUUGGCAGUCAACAACAGAAACGAAGUGCAAAUUAGCAAUUUCUGCAGAGCCGUAUCGUGUUCCUCUCGAUAACAAUAAAUGGGUUGUAGCUAGUGCAGGGAUGCGCGGUAUCCCUGUCCAAGAGAUGGUGGAUAACACACACGAAGACUUCGUGAUCGCCAGAAUCAACAUCGUAUUCGUAUGUAGCUUUUAUGCUCCCCCACGAUGCACCAGAGCAGUACAGUUGGAUUCUGGACGCACAAACCGACUCGUUAGUUGGACGAAUGCCGGUUGUUAUAGAAGGAGAUUGUAACGCUUGGGCUAUGGAGUGGGGAGCAGGCUGGCCAAUGCAAGAGUUUACAGGAAGCUCUGGCGAAGCUAGAUGUAAGGCCCCGCUAGCACAUUCCGUAAAGACGGCGGGGAAUCCAUCAUCGACGUAACAUUCUGCAGCGCGUCGCUGAUGGAUAGCAUGAAUUGACGAGCUAGAGAGCAGUACACACAGCGACCACCAGGCGAUCCACUACACCACUGGUCAGUGGAAUUGCAUUGUGACGCGGAGAGUGAGGACUGGCGAACGAAAGUGGAAAAUAAAGGACUUCGACAAGGACCUUUUUGUGGAAGCACUUCGUGCUGACAGCCUCAUUCCAAUUUCGAAUGCCGAUAAGCUGUCAGAAACAUUAGCAAGGGCAUGGUACAUACCAACGAGCAAAAUGGAGCCAGCGUCCUCCGUGCUGCCUACCUGUUUCUUUUUUAUCUUCGGACAAUUUGACUUUCAUUUCUGAACUUCCAACCCUACACUACUUAGGAUAGUGGUAAGCUGAUCCUUCCGUUCAAUAAGUCUAUCAAGUCGAUCAUGACCCGUUAACGCAUUGUCAAUAUAAAAAUCAGUCUGAA